UGCCCCCAUCCUUGUCGCGCUCAACGACGCACUGAAAAUGCACACAGCGCCGCGGCAUGGGCACGGUGGGUACACAGCACAAGGAGCGUUUUACGGAACACUCCACCUUCCAGUCUCUAGACACGAGUAGGAAAACGCUUGCAUCGUUCUUCUGCAGUUUUCCUUCUCGGCCACGAUGCAUGCACAUGAUUUCCGGGGGAAUCUAGCAGUGUCUUCGGUUGUCUAGCCCCAGUCCCGUAGGUAAAGAAGUGUAGGACCCGCAGCCAACAAUUCUGUCGGCAGCAGUAAAAAUCCGCCGGGUUGUUCCUAUUGUUUUGCGUAAAUCUACAGGAGUUGCCGUUCAUUUGAUGGCUUAUGGAUGAUGACAGUGACAGGCGUCAGCGCAGACCACAGGAAUCCAUCUUUAUGGUGGUAACGGAUAGUUGGUGGACUGCGCUCUUGCGGGUACCCUCUCGACCCUCCAGUUCCGCUCGGUUGCGAGAGAGUGAGUGGUGUGGUGGGCUGGCGGCGCAGCCGCGGGAGGAUCGUCCGUAUCGUGAUUUUCGAUUACUGUCAUUAUCAUCAUUGUCAAGUGCUGGUGUGCAUUAAAACUACGUUUUGGGGGCAUUUUUUUCUUUGGUAUUUUUAUAUGCAUCGGCAAGACGUUGUUGAUUCUAUAUCCAUUGGCAUGGAGUAUCCCCGCCUUUUGCUCCCCUGUGCCCCGCCUCCGCUCCUUUGUUUUGGGGCCCAGAUGACAGGCCGCGCCUGAAUUAUUUGAUGGGACUGUAUGCCUGUCUACGCCGUCUUCUUCGUCUCACAAACAGGGUCUGCUUCCAUUCCAUUUUUCUCCCUGGAGCCAUCAGUUGCAGUGUAGAAACAUUUGGGUGAACAACUGCAAACUGAAACGCGGUAGAUUUCGCAUUCCGUCGCAAAACAAUGCUUGUUUUUCUGUCUAACUUAAAUCAGCAGAGUUUUCGGUUCAUGGUCCUGCAUGCCGCAAAGAGUGGCGGGAAGGAAGACCACCGGCGCGGUUCUCCAGUAUGAACUCCGUUGAAACAAAGUUUUUUUUGCUGAAAAGCAAGUAGUUUCCGAGUGUGCCGUGUCGCAGGGGAACUGUGGUGUAUCAUACGCUACACGGAAGGGAAGUCGCGAUUGCACCCAACACGUGUGCUGAAGAGGGUCAGUCCCACCUCUCGGCGAUUCUGGCGCCAUCCAAUUCCGCACAAGUUCUUUGCCCUCCCCCCUGUCGCGGACGAGGCGUGCAGAGAGUUCAUUGCGAGCAUCUGGUGCGUGUGUGUCGUGCGCUGACAGAGGGUACUCGAAAGUUGAGGACAAAGCUAUGGAGGGUUUUCCCGAUGGAUCGGCCUUGUUUGUCAUGUUGCCUCAUGUGGGAUAAGAAUGCCAUAUACCGCUGGAAGUGCUGUUUGUCUGUGUUGCGGAUCCCCUGGCUCUCCCGUGACUGCGUAUCUGAUGUACAGCCCGCAACACAUGUCUGCGCAGAGGUAGACUGCCGGCCAGUUUGCGAGACAGUUCCGUCGUUCCUUCGGCCACAUCACACAGUUCAUUCCUUUCUGUGAAUCCGCAGCGCACUUGCCUGGGAUUGUUGUGCCUUAACUCGCCUUCACACAGGCCCUCCUGCGGCGUUUCCUUUGCAUGCGCGCUUCCCUCCACGUCUCGCGAGUGUGAAAGAACUUCCGAGUCGUCCGGAUGGUGCGCAGAACUGUGUUGAACUUUUUUUUCUUCUCUAGCGCUGACAAAUGUGUCCCCCCGGUGCAUUUCAGAUGCGAUACUUAAGUAAGGCAACAAGCUGAAGUGGGAUUCCGCUCUCACUCUACGACUUCCCUUUUUUCUCGGUGCCUUUCCCUCGCUUACUUCAGUCCUUCAGGGCCUUUUAAGCCCAUCGCUCGUAACGCCGAACUCCACCUCACUGAAUGCUCUCAGUGUUAACAGGUGGUUCCGCUUCUCCGCUGUUCGCUUCCCAAUCGGUUCGCAGUCACAAGUUGAUUCUCGAAAAUGUGUGAACCGAACAAGUCCGACGUGCCACAUUUUUUCUAGUUUGAAAUUUCCCGGAGUCGUCCCCGCUGCCAGUCGCCGGCUUGCACCGACUCAAGCGUCUGGGAAUGUGACGCGGCGAAUUUGCGAGAAGACGAAAACAUUUUGGUGACACCUCCGUCCCCAGGAAGAGCAGGGAACGGUUGACUCCCAGGGGACAAGUGGCUACACAUACGGCUUCCUUUGUGUCCUGAAACUUUCUAAAGCCAUCGACACGGGAAGACCGUGGAAAACGGACCCGUCUUCGUGGAGGCCAUGGCCAAAAACGUGGACGCUGUGCAGAGAACCUAUCCGUUUCAUCUUGGGGGGCCAGAAACGAUGUGACCCUGACCAAGGGUGACAAGCUGUUCGGCUUUCUCAACAUCUGUCUCUAGGCUACGGAGACUUCUGGCGUGGAGAGAAGAGCAGGCUUCAGACGGACCCUCUUCCGAAGGCGGUCUUGAGAGAAAGUCGAGGGUGCCGAGUGAUCUAAGUGAUGAAGGAGAGCUUCAUGGAUGUCUCCCGAAAGGGGAGAGGAAGCAGAGAGGACGAAGGCGCGUCCUGUGGUGGCACUAAUGAGGAAAAGAGAGAACUCUGCGAUCCGACCACAGGCGACACAAACACUGGUGUGUGUGUUUCUUCCGACACGCCAGGUGCUGUCCCAGGUUUUUCACCCACAGAGGCAAAUGGUUCACCGACUGAAAAGCGGUUGGGCGGAAAUUCAGACGAAGGAACACUGUCUACAGCAGAAGUGCCUGGCGGGUCUUCAUUCUCCCCACGUGAAGCCGGCGUGGUAACGAAUGCAGGCGGUGACGCUUCACUUUCAGGGUCCACCCAGGCGACCUUCUGCGCGUUCUGCACAGGAGAAAUAACGGGAUGGCCGUCGCGGACGGAAGCUGACUCGUGUCCAGACCAUCAGGGGCCGGAAAAUGUUCGUCUGUCUUCUGCAUGCAGAGACCGGCGUGCAUGUACAUGCGGGGGAAGUCCGCAGUCACUGGAGAAGUGUGCGGAAGUCGAGGGGACCAAACAGGCCGGGGAAGGAGGGACGGGCGAGCAGACGGAAAGCGACAAAGGGGGCAGGGACCAAGAGAAACCAGUCUGUCGCCUGAGGUGGUAUCUAUACAAUGUCGAAGCCAUUCUUAACAGACUGGCGAGAGCUGAGAGUGUCGUCUCGCCGCCCUUCGACGCAAAAUCUGUCGGGGGCCCUCUGUAUAUACGGCUGGAUCCGCUGCAUCCGCCCGCUGACGAGACAUGCGGAAACGGCAAUCGGUCGCUGUCGUGUGGCUCACGUUCAACUGGACCGACAGCAUCUUCAACCGCAUCUCCGUCAGUGAGGCAAACGGAAGGACUGUUUCCAGGCAUUUUGAAGAAAGGUGGGAAGGGCGCCAACCAGCGAUUCGUGGAUCGCUCGUUGGGGGAAGAAAAAACGACGUUCGAUUGGGACACCUGUCGCUUUGGGGUUUUCGUUGCGUGCUGCGCGUAUGUGACCAUGGACUUUUCAAUCCAGAUGGUAGAGCUAGGCGUUGGCAAACAAGAUUUCCGGAGAAACGGGGAUGAGGGGAAGCUCCAGCCCCCCGAGGGAGUGGCCAGUGGAGAGUUCAGAGAACCUGCCAUGGCAGAGCAAAGCGCAAAUGACAAGAAGGGGGGAUCCUUCCAGGGUGCAUUAUGUGACACACGACCUCCUGGGGACGAUAGAGAGAGGACACCUGGACGUGUGCUCGUCGACUCGGGCCGCUGUUUGUACAGCAGUCGACAGCAAGGUACUCUCUGGCACGGCGUCCACAACUUUGCAGCUCUUUCAGCUGCAGAUCGUGACGAAAAUCUUCUUGUUCUCGACGUCAUCAUUCACAGUGCCACGGUCGAAACGCCGCCGGUGGAAUCCCUUGAACCUGAAUCAGAGGAUUUGGUGGAGGAGCGCGGGAAAGUCGUGCACACUGGCAGCGCCGAAUCAGCAAGUACAUCUGACUCGCGCAUCCCUGAAAAGGCUCUGGCUACAAAGCCGAAUGCAUUUCUUUCUGAUGCAGCAUUUGACUCCACACGGCUGGAACGUGAAACCGUGGACUCCAAAGAGCGACCACCAGCGUCUUCAGAUGGCUCGGGGAAUAUCAGGUCUGGCUCUCCUGCACAUGCGGGUGUAGCGCCUGGAACAGAGGAAAAGGUCGUGCUGGGAGUGAGAGGCGGAGGGAAUUCCCGGGUGCAGAAGUGCGUAGGUCGACUAUCUGGAGACGAUGGGCUCUCACAGGAGGUCGACCACGGAGGAAGGAGUCGAAGGCAGCCAUCCACGCGCCUGUCUGUCGGCGCCGCGAUGCAAGGAGGAACUCGCCUAAGUAACUUGAGGAAAGUCCGGAUCGAGUUGGAGCAAAAUCGAGGUUCCGUCGAGGGCUUGGGACGACACAACGGCGCCAAGACCCACGCCGCAUGGAACCGUGUCAAGAGCGUUUCGGAAUGCGUCGACCCGCAAGCGGUAAAGGGAGAAUCAGGCCACUGUGGCGUCAACUCGGGUCUGGCGAAACGGAAAGGGGUCCGCUGUGCGCAAGUGUCGCAGUUGGCCGGACGUGCGACGCAAGCAGGUCGGAAUCGAGGCAAAGGGGGGCGUGAGGCGGAAGCGAGAUCCACGUUGGCAGGUCAAGAGUAUCACAGGCUUCAGGUGGCGGAGGCAGUGGAGCCCCAGCGCGGCGUCGAGAAGGUGGCGAAGGGACGGAGGGGCGGGCGCGCGCAUGGGAAGUCGGCUGGAGCCCAAAGUAGGGACUGCCAGGAGUGUAGACCAGGGGGAGGUGAAGGAACGAACGUGGCAGGAACUGGAAACGCGUCGGCAAAGAAGAAACGCGAGACGCAGAGGCAACAGCAUCGGACGGGCAACAGCGGGACUGCGAAAGACGGAGAUAUGGCACGCGUACUUGCCGCCUGGGGCACUUUGAGGGAAAUUGACGGCUCCGCGGAUGCUGAACGUUUCGGAGUGGCUGUUGAGGAUUUCUUCCAGGAUCCGUCGGCAGGUGCCGGGCUGACUGGCUGUAGGCCUUCGAUAUGGGCGGAUGCCACGGGCCAAGCCACCACGUUGUCAAGACUGUGGGAGAGGGAACAGGGAGGCCCACCUGGCUUGGGAGAAGAAACUGCUAUGAAUGUGAAGACUGCGCAUUCCAGGCUUCAAGCGAAGGCUGCACGGUCAGCUCCAAGUGAUACGUCUUCCGUACAGAGGUGCUACCAGGAUGGUGCUGCGCCGCGCCACAGCGAAGACGGAUGCUGGAAGAUUGACACAACCCGUGGAGGCGGCCACACUUUGUCGGCGCUAAAUGUGUUGCUGUCCCUUGCCGGCCGUGAUGGAAAUGAGGCCUUUGGCUCGACAGCAAUGAGCUCUGGACGCUCAGGAAAUUCAUCGCAGAUAUCCGGCGGCGUGCCGUCCCCUUAUCUGUCGUCUGCUUUCCAGGAGAAGCCUCUUGCAUGCGGCGUGUCUCAAGGCAACGGCGACCAGCGCGGACUGUGGAACCCCUCAUUUGAAGAGGGAGCGGAUCCGGGGCUAGGCGGGACGAGAGAAACUGCGAUGUUUUUGUCUGACCAAAACGCGUAUGGCCAUGCCAGUUUGGGAAGCGAGUUUCACGAAGCCGACCCAGGACUCGGUACGCGAGGGAGGAACUUCCCUGUGGCUCCCUUUCCGGGAUGGCCUCCUGCGUCGCGAACAGGACUGGAGGGACGACGAAGGGACGCAGCAGACGUUCCAGGUGCAGGUCCCAUGCAAGCCGGCAAUCUCACUACCUCUUUAUCGGACACACCAAACGAACCUCCGGUCCUCGUCCAGUACGCGCGGGCUCUGCAAGCAGCCGCGGCUUCUUCGCCAACGCAACAGAACAGAGGUGGAGCAGGGGAAGAUAUUUCAAGCGGUGCGGUGUUUCAGGCAGAUCGGCUGUCAGGCGUUGACUUGCAGCGUGGCUUAGGUCAGGAUGUUUUGGCCAGUCGGCAGAGUUACGAUGAUCGAAUCCACGGGGAGCCAUCGCUUGAUGAAAUGUAUCCGUCGGGGAAUCCCAGGGAAUCCAGUGGCGGUCAGCGAGGAAGUUCAUUCUAUUCACCUGGCUUGACGGCACUGGAAGAAGAACACGCGAGUCGACGACUAGCUCGGACUCUUCUCAGUGAUUGCGCGAUCCCCGAUUCUUCGCUAGGUGCUUGUCUGAGCAACAACGACGCCGCUGAAAUGUCGACUGAACAUGCGACAACGCCGGCGUCUGAGCAGGACGCCCAGUUGUGGCGACGAAACGGUCCUGAUGCACAGACACCGGAGGAAAGAUAUGUGGGAUCCGCCGGAAGCACUGCGUCGUGUGUCGUGGCAACUGCUCUCGAUCUGGGUCUUGGAGCUAGAUGCCAUAGCGGGCACCAGGUUUCUUCCUCCCUGAACGUUUUGGACGCCGCUGUUGCGCAUCUUCGGCGGCGCGAGGGCCUUUCGUUCGACCGAGGAUUGAUCUGCGGUCUUUUUUCUCAUCCAAUCGCACGAUAUCCUGACGAAGACACAUUGGAGGCAUCCCGUCGGGUACACCAACAACUAACCCAGCAGGAGCAGCCCGCAGUGGCGAAUGCGUACGAGCAGAUGCAGACACUGGAUGGCAUGAAAGACGAGUAUUCUCGAGCGCCGCAUCAACGGGGCGACUCGUCGCGCUCAUCGUACGGAGAGCGCGAUGCGCGUGUCGCCCAGGUCGGCGAAACAAGAGACCAUCCCGAGAGCGAGGAAGUGACAAGAGAAUAUGCGCUGCAGUAUUUGGCUGAAAAUAUCGGACGCAUAAGAAGAGACACCGCGGAGUACGACUCACUGGUGGGAAGAACAUCGUCUGCGCUCCGAGGUCACUCUGUCACUGUCGCCAUGCUCCCGCGAGCAUCGCUUCCCAAGUCCGAAAACAGCGAGAGCACACGAAAUGCUCUUCCUGAGGUCCCGUCUGGCGACGAUUGACACAAGAUAGUUGACGGAGUGAGCAAGUGGUUGUUUGAGGGUGCGGGAGGCGGAAAAGGCGGUCGAUCGGGAAAGCUAGCAAAACAGGGAAGCGGCAGAUGAAGAAGAGCGAGGUCCUUGCGCUGCAGGGAGAGUGCAUGCAGUGCUUGUCCUUCUGCGGCAGAAAUGCGUCAUAAUCUUUUGAAAUCGGGAGAAGAAUGACCCUUUUGAGGGAAACGAGGCGUGUUCAAAACGAGCAUUCACCGUCUUUGGCGCAAAACGGUUCAUGGAAAAGAAGUCAGCCGAUCGUCCGUCCCCGCGAUUUGUGGCCCCGCGCCCACCAAAGAGGCGGCAAAGGACAGAGGGGAAACUGGUGUGUUUUCGGCCGCUUGUGACACUUCUGCAUCAGUUACUCACAGGAGGGCUGAUCGAAAACUUGCCAGCUGCCACCGGGCUGUGUUUUUGACCCCCCACUCAGGUCUCUCCUGAGGCCAAAGGUCAACGUGUCAUCUGAUCAGCAGCCAUGCAGCUUAGUCGCUUGAUAUGUCACAGACUGGAGAAGCGCAAGGACAAACAGGUCAGGCCGACAAAGAGAGUCUCCAAUGGAGAGUCUCCGGUGGUUCAGCGAAGGCCCUCAGACUGGCAAUUGUCUGUAGGCUCCCAGAGUCAAUGUAGCGGAAAGGAAAACUGUACGUGCAGUGUGCAGCCUGCGUGUGACAUGCUCAAGAGAUCUUGUCAAAUGUGAAUUUGACCGUGUGGCUGAUGACGGGGACGUUAUUGUGGCGUCCAGAGAAUAUUUUAAUGGUAUUUUGCGUAGUGGGAAGAAAGGGAGACUUGCCGAUCAAGUGUGGCAUCGCGUCCGCUGUUCUUCGCAUGUGUGUGUUCAGUUUUUUUAUCAUACACACCUGCUGUUUUACCAAGUGUGUGAAGAAGAAAGGUGACAAGCUCAUGCUGGCGUUUUUUCCCCAGAUUUUGCGUGGUGGCUGUUUUCCCCGCUUUCCAUAUCCGGAGAGUAGCAGGGGUGUUUGUAUUGUUUGCUGGGGUGGGUGCCGUAGUCACCGCUCAAAAGUGCGUCGUUUUCGGUUUACAGAGGUGUUUCAUAAGGUAUGAGAAUUGUGUUGUUCGUGGCUUCAUUGUUGCAAUUCGCUACCGGGAACUAACAGCAGAACCGGAGUAUUGGAGUUGCUCGUUUGCAUUUUGUGAAUCGCUAGUCCGUCGUGCAUUCCGCAAUGGCGAACGAAGAGGCGCCUCGCAACGUCUAAAUUCCGGUCGCGUGUGCGUGUGCAGCAUGCACGUUGUUGGUGUACAGAGCCAUGUGGUUACCAACAGGUUCCCGAUUCUACGGAAAUUUCAGUUAUGUGUCUGGGGAGAAGUAAUUCGUAUUCAGAAUUAUUUGAAAUGUCUUGCGGUGGUGGAAGACACGUUUCAUUUUCUGUGGGCCUCAACAGUUUCAUGUGAGAUCGGCGCGAAGUGCCCCGUCGUCUUGUUCUCGGGGUUUUGGGAGGGCGGGGGGAGGAGGUGGCAGAGUUUAUUUGAUUUUUCGUUCGGACACCAACGGAGGUACUUUUUGACACUGUCGGAGUGCAAAUCAUUUAGGUCUCAACGUUUUGAAAGGGUGCGUUAAUAUAUAAACGUGCACGACGUGAGACACACUUGUCCUUGUCGUUUUUAUCCAUGUGUCUGUCAUUUAUCCUCUCGAUCACCGUGUUAUCCGUGUUAAACGAGAUGUAGGGAGGCAAAUUGUUUCUCUAUUUCGUGAUUCGGCGCCGUUACUGGUCGCCGUUAUUGUAUUGUUGCAUCCUUCGGCUGCCGAGAUUUGCCUUCGCAUGGCGCUCUCGUUGCGCUGAGGCGGGGACUGGGAUGUCUACUACGCUGUUGACAGCGAGCAGUGCCGACAUGUGUCCAGUGUACACCAGUCGAUCUGCUGUUGGUUCACGGGUAGAAGACUCACCCCAGUCGUGGCUGCAUAACGUCUGCUUUGUCGACAGCAUUCCAGAUAUUCUCGUGCAAGCCUUAAUUUUGUAGUCUGUGACUGGAACAUGCGAAGUGCUGGGAACGCGGCUCAGGUCUCCCUCUGCCCCGAGGGAUAGACCCUUUAUGGAAGAAACAAAAUGCGCUGGGGAAGAGCGGGUGCCCAGAGUAGCAUGAGAAGAUCUCAGACGGUGUGCGCUGUACAGCCGUCGGUUGCAUUUUUGCGGGGAUUUGCCCGCGUGUGUCCCAAAGAUUGCUUUCAACUUAAAAUUUUUCGUUUCUCCUGUCGGGCCACUGUGGUUUUAAAUCACCUUUGCGUAGCGUCCUCCGGGUCGUGUGCUGGAACGGGAAAUCCCAUCAACUGUGAUGUCGGACUCACGAGCCGCCUGGAAGCAAACACGGUCAAAAGUAAGGAUGUGAAAGGUCCAAUCAAAGCAGAUAACAUUCAAAAUACAGUACGCAUCUUUGAGUCCCAGCUGUCUUUUUGAACUCUUAAGCUUGCUUCUGUCCUCAGGUAAUAUUCCUCAGUAGGGUUUACGUACAAGAGCAUGUAGAGUUUAAAUGUGCCUCGGAUGAGACAGAAACGACUCCCUGUCCUGCUCGCCAUAAUGUUCCAAUCGAGUAGAAUUAUUUAGAACAAGAAUCCCUCAAGUAAUCAUGUGAAUAAGAAGGAGCAGAUGUUCUUUAUACGCAUCGCGUUUCAGUGGGCCAUGUUUCUGUAGACAGUGCGCCCGGUGGCGCACACUGACCCUUUAAUAAGAACGCCCAGCACAAGAAUGAGCACGUGGAUGACACGGCAUAUCGU